AUGGACUAUACAUCUUACUCUGGCUACAAAGAAACUCUGAAACACCUUGGAAAUUUGGGUGACUCAACUGGGGCUUGUUCUAUAGGAAUACGAAGAGCUGACCUGAGAUCACCAGGCUCAACUACAAGCUUAGAAAUACAGAUUCUUAUGCAUCUUCCAAAAAUCAAAGGUCUUACGGUGGAGUGUAAUUCAGAAGGUUGGUACCCACAGCCUCAAAUGGAGUGGAGAGACAGCAGAGGAGAAAUCAUUCUACCUAUGUCAAAGAACCAUUCCAGGGAUAGAAACAUGAAGAUGAGCCUUCUCCUUACAGGGACCUCUCAGGAGAAUGUCACUUGCUACCUUCAAAACCCUGUAACUGGUCAAGAAGAAAAAGCCAGCAUUGUCCUAUCAGGUCUUCAGGAGUCCUGCCUGGCCCCCUCUUCCUCCAGAUGGGUUUCAGAGGACUCAGUUGGUAGCUUAAGGAACUGGAAAUCUCCAGUCAUAGUUGGCAUAGGGAUAGUCUUGCAUGCAGUGUGUGUAAUCGUUGGAGUUAUCAGUCUGCAGCAAAAGGAAAGAGAUUGA